AUGGAGUCUGAUUUUGAGGAGGGAUUCUCAACAUUAGUGGGACUAAUUUAUUGUCGUUCGAAGGAAAAAAGAAACAGGCGUAUGUGGGUACACGCAAUUGUCAAGGAACGAACUGAGAAAUGUUUGUUUUCAUUUGAAGAUGAGAUCAAAAUGAAUGAUGAAAAAUUCUUCAAUUUUGUACGAAUUUCAAAAGAUUCGUUUUAUGAACUUGUGACUCUGAUGAAGAAUCAAAUAACUAAGCAGGAUACGGCAAUGAGGAGAAGUAUUUCCCCAGAAGCAAAACUAGUGAUAACGCUGAGGUGA